AUUGUCUGUUUGUUCUGACCUUAAGAAACCCGCCAAAGAGGGAUUUUGUAAAAAAGUAUGCCAAGGGAUUAUGACAAACGCCCUCGGUCAAGAUCUCAUGAUCGAUACAGGGAUCGCAGUGACAAUUGCGAACGUUCCCGUAAGCAUCGAGAGGACUACCAUCGAAGAGAUCGUGAUCACGGAUAUGAUUAUGAGGAAAGAGAUGUAGAAAGAAGUCGAUACCGACAUGAGAAAGAAAAAAGAAGGGAUCGUGAUAGCCGACGAAAGCAUGAACAAAAUCAUAAUGAUGAAAAGUGGAAGCGUCGUACACGCUCUAGGAGCCCUGUGCCUACAGCUGAAGCAGAAACCGUAGAGUAUGAAGAGGCAGAACCAACUGAACCUGUAACCGAGGAGGAGGCAGAAAUGAUGCGCACAAUGGGUUUCUGCAAUUUCGGUACUACAAAGGGAAAACAUGUGAUUGGAAACAGCGUUUAUGUGGCAAACAUUGCGAAACAGCGAAAGUAUCGUCAAUACAUGAAUCGUCGUGGAGGUUUCAAUCGCCCUCUUGAUCCAGUUGCUUAGAUACUUGUAUAUAUUCUUCCAAAACGCGCUUAAUAUAACCAAAUGCAUUGAUAGCAAACAUAACCGCAUUGUAAUAUGGAUUUCACAAAAUAAGAUUCUCCAACUAUUUCCUAUACACAAUAAAUGUAUAUGUUACGUUAAGAAGUGGGAAACUUACGAAAAAUAAACAAUACACUACUUCACUUUUCGAGCUGGUUUUAUUUAAAAAGAGACUAGUAUUUGAAGUAAACUGUCAAAGCCACAUGUUUCUUAUAACAGCAUUAAGAGUAAUUUUUGUCAUGCGUGUAUCAUCUUCAUUUCAUACGAAUCGUGAGUAAGUCGAUCUUCAGUAUUAUUUACAAUCAGCUUGGUUUGCCUAUGUUGUACACUUUGAUUACGCAAUCAGAUCUUUAUAUACUUUAAAA